AUGUCUGCCGUCAAGGAAUACUCCCUUCUCUGCCUCGAGAACCCUCUCCUCGACAUCCAGGCCAAGGGUGACCAGGCUCUACUUGACAAGUAUGGCCUCAAGCCUAAUGAUGCCAUCCUCGCUGAGGAGAAGCAUAUCCCUCUCUACGAAGACCUCCUAAACAACUACGAUGCCAAGCUGAUUGCUGGAGGCGCGGCACAAAACAGUGCUCGAGGUGCUCAGUACAUCCUCCCUCCUAACAGUGUCGUCUACCUCGGUGGCGCUGGCGAUGACAAGUAUGCUGCUAUCCUUCACGAUGCUGUCAAGGCCGCUGGUCUCCGUGUUGAAUACCGUGUCGACCCCAAAGAGAAGACUGGCCGAUGUGGUGCUAUCAUUACCGGCCACAACCGAAGCUUGUGCACGGAUCUUGGCGCUGCUAACCACUACGACCUCGAUCACUUAAAGAAGCCUGAAAUCUGGAAGCUCGUCGAGAACGCUGAGGUCUACUACGUCGGUGGUUUCCACUUCACUGUCUGUCCUCCUGCCAUUAUGGAGCUCGCCAAGCAGGCUGCUGAGCACAACAAGCCUUUUGUUCUCUCCCUGUCUGCUCCUUUCAUCCCUCAGUUCUUCAAGGAGGUUGUCGAUGCCAGCGCCCCUUACUGGGACUACAUCAUCGGCAACGAGACCGAGGCCGCCGCCUACGCCGAAUCCCACGACCUCCCUAGCAAAGAGCCCAAGGAUGUUGUCAAGUAUCUCGCCAACCUUCCCAAGGAGAAUACCAAGAGAAAGCGAAUUGCCAUUGUCACUCAGGGUACCGACCCUACUCUGGUUGCUAUCCAGGGUGAGGACGAUAUUAAGGAGUUCCCCGUUCACGCCAUCGAGAAGGAGAAGAUCAACGACACCAACGGUGCUGGUGACGCCUUUGCUGGUGGUCUCUUGGCUGGUAUCCUCCAGAACAAACCCCUCGAAACCAGCAUUGACAUGGGCCAGUGGCUCGCUCGUUUGAGCAUCCAGGAGCUUGGACCUUCAUACCCCUUCCCCAAGCAAACCUACCAGGCUGCUUAA